AUGGUCUCUCUGCCUAGGACACUAAUACCUGCUCCUCGCCUAUCAGCCGCACUACGUCUUGCCCAAGCCGUCUCAGCGUAUGAAGCUGAUUUGACACGAGACCAGAAAGAGGAGUUUAACCAUCAUCGCUUACGUGCGAAUGAAAAGCCACCCUCAAUUCAAGAUGUAAUGCGACUUACCGCGGACAUUGAUGAGCAAUUGUCUAGUAAAAUCCGUGGUCGUUGUCUGGGUACUCGGACAACCAAUUUUUUGCAAUGUGUCCAGCAAUUCACGGCUUUGGGCGACCUGAUUGUGGGUGGUUCGCAGAAUUUAGUCGCGAGUGGGGUGUGGGCGUUGUUAAUAUUGAACUUUUCAUCUUAUUUUGAGAGAAUAUCUAGCCUUUUCAUGGUUAUUGGGCGGUCGGCACCGCGAUAUGAGAAAUUAGCAAUUUUGUAUCCCCGGUCGAAGGAGUUGCAGUCCUUUCUCACGGAGUACUUCACAAUCGUGGUUCAACUUUGCCAUCGAAUUCUCAGAUUUACUCAGAAGUCUACACUUGGCAGAAUUGGAGCCACGUUAAAUGACUCUGAUUUGAUUGGGUUUCAACAGCAGCUAGAGUCCAGAGCUAGGGAUAUCAAAGAUGAAGUCAAUUAUCUUAUGGCGCAGAGGAUAGAAGAGCAAGCGAGCUUCACUACUCAUGUAUGGUCUAGAAGACCAUCUAAGGAGAUUAUCCACCAACGUCAGAUGAAGGCUUACUUCGAGGUACUGGAUUUCUGUUCGACGUAUGACUACAUGUCGCCGUGGAAACAGGCGCGAAGGCUUGGAAAUACGACUUUGUUUCACCUGUGUCUGCAGUAUUUGACUUGGCGAGAGCGCGCAUACUCGAGUUCUUUGAUUCUAACGGGGAGACUUGGAUCAGGCAAAUCGGUCUUGUUGGCAAAUAUGGUAGACGACCUGAACUUGCAUUUUCAGGGUCAAAACACAACAGUGGCUUUCUUCUUUUGUCGUCAUGAUUUGCCAGAAAGUCUCAAGCCGCGCGCAAUGAUCGGGUCUAUAGCUCGUCAGCUCCUCUGGUCAACACCUGAUAUAGCUGAACGAGCUAGCAAUUAUACUCUCAGACCACAACUGGAUGAUUUUGAAACGAUACGAGGCUUACUUCAGGCUCUGCUCCCAGCUGGCUUUAAGGCUUACUUGGUCAUCGAUGGUCUGGAUGAAUGUGAAAUCAACGAUCGACAAACUGUGAUUCAAGAGCUUCGCUUGCUGCAGCAACGGUACUCAAUCUGUCUUUGUGCCUCUGUUCGAAAAGAGCCCCGAGACUUGUACGACAUUGAUAUUGUCUGGGAGAGGUUUGAAUCUUCUGUCGUGGGUGCUAUACCUGAUAAUUCGAGUGAUAUCGAAUUGUUCAUUGGGGCGGAACUCGAGAACCGUAUAAAAUCUGGACAACUGACGAUUGGAAAUCCGUUGUUGAUACUAGAGAUUCAAGAUGCUCUGCUGAAAGGGUCACAAGGAAUGUUCCUUUGGGUUGCGCUUCAAAUUGACAAUCUUUGCACGAUGUGUACAGACGAAGCUAUUCGCCAUGCAUUAGAUGAUCUCCCAUCCACACUCUCCGAAACGUUCGAUCGAAUACUUCGAAAAUUUGACUCCAAUCUCGCGCGAUCGUAUCAGAAAAUGAUUUUGGAAAUUAUUGUUGCAGCCCGAUAUCCGCUCACGCCAGAUGAGCUACGAGAAGCUCUCAGCGUGGUCCCGGGUGAAACUACGUGGGAGCCGUCUAAACAAGUCAACGACAUAUUUAAUAUUUUGACAUGUUGCGGAAGUUUAUUAACCAUUGAUGAAGAGCAAAAUACUAUACGGCUCGUUCACAGCAGUGUCAGACAGUUUUUGAUUGAGUCCGAGUCAGUGGAUACUUCGAGAUUUACGCUCAAGGAAGCACGGAAGCGAAUAUCUGAUAUAGUUAUCACGUAUCUCAACUAUAAUAUUUUUGAAACUCAGUUGUCGACACGAGUUACUCCUAAUAUACAAGUUGAUUCGGCGCCUGCGAAGAUCUUGGGAUCGAAUUUCGAAGUUCCCAACGUUGUGCGUGAACUUGCAGUGAGCCUCUUGAAGCUCCGAAGAGCACCGGGGUUUAACAUAACCACGGCGCUUGAUCAAUUCAGCCCUCGACAGAAACAUACACCCGAUCAUAGUUUCAGAUUCCUUUCAUAUGCUAAGUCCAAUUGUCUAUUCCACUUCACUACUACUCUGGAAUCUCAGACACCUGGUCAUGUCGACGAGCUAUUCCUCAGACUGCUCAGCGGUACCAUGUUGGAUAAAAACACCACCGACGGGCAAAGAUUACUACUGGCAUCUGCAAAAAAGGGAAUUGAAUCAAUUUUGAAGCCUCUGCUGCAUUCAAGCCACUUAAAUCCCAAUUCAAGAGAUUCAUUUGGUCAAACUCCCAUAUUUCUCGCUACUGCCUCUGGACAUGAAGACAUCCUUACCUACCUCCUCAGUAUAAAAGCAGUAGAUCCAAAUCUCAAAAGCAAAAAGCAGCAAACACCCCUCCACAUCGCAAUCGAGAACACACACAUUUCAAUCUCAAAGACUCUCAUCCAAUCAACCCGAGUCAACAUCAAUGCCAAAGACCACUCCGACCGAACGCCCUUACACUACGCCGUCCAAAACAUUUCCGCACUCCCAAUCUUCAACCUCCUCCUCGGCUCCCCCUCUAUCCUCUUCGACGAACCAGAUAUCCAGGGUGACGCGCCUCUUCAAAAGGCCCUCGAAAAAGGCAACACCCUCGCCUCAAAAUCCCUCUUAUCAACCGGAAAAGUGAAAACAAACACCGUAGACCGACACGGCAUUACAUACCUCCACUUGGCAUCUAAAUACGAUUUCACAGGCGAAAUCGUAAAAAUUCUUCUCAAAAUACCCUCUACAGAUCCAGACGCAGGGGAUAACAAAAUGAUAACACCCCUUCAUCAAGCGGUUAAAAGCAAGAAUCUACCCGCUUUAAAGGCAAUUCUGGAGUCAGGAAGAAUCAAUCCUCCAUUCAGGGUGAAUGGGCGCCGUCUCAAUCCUAAUAAAUGGACUGUUAUGCAUGCUGUAGCUCAGUAUGGAGAUGAGGAUAUGACCCGUCUAGUAUUGGGGUUUGAGCAGGUUGAUCCUAAUUCGGAGGAUUAUGAUGGGAAGACACCGUUGCAUUAUGGGUGUUCGGCUGAUAAUUUGCAGUUUGUGAAGUGUAUGCUUGAGUUUGAGAGGGUUGUUGUUAAUAAGAAGGAUCAUUCGGGGAGAACGCCGCUUCAUGUUGCGUUUAUGCAUAAUAGUUCUGCUGUUGCGGAUUUGCUUCUUGCGUCGAAGAGGGUCGAUCCCACGGAGAAGGAUAAUGAGGGGAGGACUCCGUUUGAUUAUGCUGAGAUUGGAAUGUUUCUUCCGGGGGAUUAG